GAGGAGUGCGCCAGGAUCCACGUGAAAAAAUCCGCUGGGAACAGUCCCGUCGGGGUCGAUGACCGGCAACGACGUUGGUUAUGUGUUCGAGGAGCUGUACAUGUGGCACGCUCCAUGGCCAGGUCUCUCGGAGCACACCCAGCCGUUUGCGCCAUGGGAAAGCCCCGACACGAAGCGGCGAUUCCAUGGUCUCCUCGCGGCGACUGGGCUACUCGACAAACUUCAUGUGGUGAGGGCACGUCGUGCAACCCAAGCCGAGUUAGAAUUGAACCAUGGGAAAGCGUAUGUCGAGUCCAUUCAAGAGAAGAGUUUGUUGCCAAAUGGCGGGGAUGCUGGUGACUGGGCGCAGUUCUCACAAGGAGCGUACGAAAUCGCGUGUUUGUCGGUGGGUGGUGUAUUGGCGUUGGUCGACGCGGUCAUGUCCCGCCAAGUGUCGUGUGGGUACGCUCUCGUGCGUCCUCCCGGCCACCACGCGCUCCCAGACAUCGGGAUGGGAUUCUGCAUCUUCAACAACGUUGCCAUAGCUGCGUACUACCUCCUGCACGAGUACCCGUCCAAGAUUCGCAAAGUUGCGAUUGUCGAUUACGACGUGCACCAUGGAAAUGGGACUCAAGCGUCAUUUGAAGCGGAUGACCGUGUGCUGUUCAUUUCUGUACAUCAGGAUAACAACUACCCUCUGAACAGCGGCCGCAUUGAGGAAACUGGAACGGGAAAGGGAGAAGGGUACACGAUCAACAUCCCACUGCCGGCUGGAUCAGGCACGGGGGCGUACAACAGCACUAUGGACCGCGUCGUGGUCCCAGCCUUGCAUGCGUUCGAACCCGACUUUAUCUUAAUCUCGUCGGGCUUCGAUGCAUCGUAUAUGGACCCCCUCGGUAACAUGAUGGUCUCCAGCGAAUGCUUUGGCCAAAUGGCGCGUGCGCUGAAGGCAGCAGCGUCAGCCAUCCCGUCCUGCAACGGACGGCUUGCGUUCUGUCAUGAAGGAGGGUACAGCGAGUUCUACGUUCCAUUCUGUGGUGCGGCCGUGAUUGAGUCCCUCCUUGGCAUGGAAGGAACGGUGAAAGACCCAUUGCUCUAUGAAGCCCGCGCCAGGGGGAACCAGAGCCUUCAGCCCCACCAAGACGCGGUACUUGAACAAGUCAUCGCGUCGGCGAAGCUUCUUCAGCAGAAGAAAUUCUGACGUCAAAUUCACUAUUUUCAUAAAAUGUAGAAAAAUUCAAGCAUUUUACUAAGAAUUUGGAUGAGAA